CAUCAGUUUAGUUCUAGACAUCAAAAAAGAAACAUUACAUAUAAAAAUCCUCAACGGUAUUAAUAAAAAAUGAAAGCUGGAUAUUUGCAGCUUCUUUGUAUUCUGCUAAUUUCAAUUAGCAUCGCUCAGCCUGUUUUAUGUGCCUCGGAAAAUUUGGGAAUGUCAAUCGAGACACCCGUCAUCCCUCAAUUUCCAUCACUCAAUGCAAGACAGCUUUGCAACGGAUUAUUUUUUGAAGCACUUCCGUUGUUGGCGAAUGAAAAAUAUUUUAUUGGCUGCAUAAAAGGAGAAGGAGUAAUUUUACAAUGUAAUGGAGAUCAGAUAUUCGACCCAAACGUUCGGAAGUGUAUCGAUAAAAUUGUCGAGACAACAACGGAAAUUCCAACCACAACGACAUCAGAAAUUCCCACCACAACACCCGAUUACAAUUAUCUGUGUAGAGGACUGAUCAAUGAGUUUAUAAAUCACCCUACAGAUUGUGGUAUUGCUAUUUAUUGUCACAAUGAAGUUGCGUUCCUCAGAGAUUGUCCUGUGAAUACAAUAUUUGAUAUUAAUACAAGCCAGUGUCAUGCAGGAAAUCGUGAAACGUGUGAAUUUUAUGAGACAACAACUAAACCUCCGGAUCUUAAUCGAUUGUGUGAUGGAUUAGAUCGAGUUUUUCUUGAACAUCCAUUUAAUUGUCAAAGUGCUAUUUUCUGUCUUAACGGUAUAGCUAUUGAGUCAUCAUGUCAAGAAAAUACAAUUUUUGACAUAGAUAUUAAUAACUGCCGUGAAGGAAAUCCAGAAACUUGUGAAUUCCUUGAGACUACAACUACUGCACCAGAUUUCAAUAAGCUAUGUGAAGGUCUUGUAGACCAAUUUAUUAGUCAUCCUACCAACUGUGGUAUUGCAAUUUUCUGCCAUAAUAAUCGAGCAUUCCUUCGCGAAUGUGAAACUGAAACUAUCUUCGACUUAAAUACAUUGUUAUGUCGGCCUGGAAAUCGAGACACGUGUGAGCUUUAUGAUGCGGAUAUAAUCAUGCAACCAACGCAAACUGGGGAUAACUGGAAGGGUUUAUGUAAAGGUCAUCAUUUUAAUUACAUUAAACAUCCACAUGAAUGUGAUAAGGCAAUAUUUUGCUACCAUGGAUAUGCAAUUUUAAAGGAAUGUCCUCUGAGUAAUGUAUUUGAUAUCAGCACUGAAAGAUGUAUAGAAGGCAAUCGUGAGACAUGUGAAUUUAAAUUUGAGGAAAAAGCUCCUUGUACAGAAGUGAAACACGUUUACAUUGCUUUUCUACUAGCUUUUAUUUAUUCCGUGGAUGCACAAGACAAUCCAUGUGAAGGAGUUUACACUGGAAAUAUUCCACAUCCAGAUUUCUGCUACAAAUACUAUUACUGUUUGAUGCAAAUUCCCUCCGAGAGAACUUGCGGUGAAAAUACAAUUUUCAGCAAUACUACUCAUGGAUGCGUUCCUGGAAAUCAAGACACUUGUACAAUAUACUCAACGGAAAGCACGUCAACAUCGGUUUAUGUCGAAUCCACCACGUCUAGUUAUGUAAAUUUGACAACCACUCCAUCCACACCAGAAGUAGAUUUAAAUGAAAUAUGCAAAGGAGUCUUCUUUGCUGCAAGGCCAUAUCCAGACUCAAUUCAUUUGUACGUUGGUUGUAUGCGUGGCUCGGGACUUGUUUAUCAAUGUCUUGAUAGAGAAGAAUAUGAUGAGGAUAUUAACGAAUGUGUCAGAAUAUGUGAAGUUCCAGAUGAUGUUUGUCAAGGAAGUCCACAAGUUAGAGUUAUUGAAAACCCAUGUACUUGUGCAGGUUUUAUAAUCUGCUAUGACCAAAGAGUUGUAGAUACGCGAUUGUGUGAUGAUGGAUACAUAUUUGAUGUAGGACACGGAAGCUGCGUUCCUGGAGAUCAAAAGACUUGUUAUCCAUUUUAUACCACCACUAUGGGAAUCACAUUUUAAAAUUGAUUAAAAAUAGGAAAGUGUCGGAUUAAUAAGUUAAUUGAAAUUGACGGUUGUGGAUUGAUUUUUUUUUAUAUCAAAAUUAAGUUGUGUAAUAAAUCAUUAAAAAAAUUUGGAACAAUA